AUGGCCAGAAAGUUAUUGACUCGAGAGCAUUUGAAACCCCUCUUUCCGGACGAUUACGACAAAUUCGCACAUCCCUGUAAGAAAACGCCACGGGAUCGAGUUCUGGACCACAAUUGGCAGCCGUUGCAAGAGCAGUUCGCGUUACUCGAAGCAGUGAAGGAGGAUAAUCCAAUUCUGAGGGAUUUAUCGAAAUGGCCAAGAGUUUCAGUUGCACACGACUUUGGAGAGCGGCUUCGCCCGGAUGAUCUUAAAAUCAUCGUUCAGAGUGAUGUGACUGACUUGUUGUUUAAGGCGUGCCGGUGUAAGUUUGAUCUUUCUUUGUAUUUUUUCAACUUUUAGGAAAUCUCCUUCUGAUGUCAAGAGUAAUCUAAAGAAAUUUUUGUCGCAUAUGUAAAUGUGAAAAAAAAAAAAAUUUUAUGUUUGUCCAAGACUUUCUAUAUUCUUCUGCUUCAUUUUACACUGAAAAUUUCAGCGUUGAAGCACAACGAACUUGUUUUUGGUGAGAACUUUGAUCUUUUUCAAGCCAUGAAUGCCGCCGAGCUGAUGGAGCCAAAAAUGGAUUCUGGGAUGGAAAAGAGAGUGCCUUUUAUCAUGACGUCCGAGAAAGCAAAGGUGAUUUACACUCUCCGAUGUAUAUUUCACACCUCUUUAUGUGAUUCAUGAUCGAUAUCCCACUUUCAGUUCAUCCAAUCCUACAAAUGGUCCGAAAUCGAUCACAUAACAAUGUGUGAUGCUCAGCUGGCUCUGAUAGCUUCAUGGAUGAUUAAUGUGGAGAGUCUGGACACCACUGUCUUCACGAAUAUCCUCGCUUUACAUCCGGAAUGCGCUGAUAAUGAUCCAAUUCUGCGUGCGAUUUUUUAUGCCUGCAAUUGGAUUGUAUCGAUGUUUAUAAACUUGGUAGAGAGUGCUGAGACCCUUUGCGAGGAGGUUGGUUGGGAACUUUAUGCAGAUUUUGCAUUGGAAUAUGUUUUUUUUCAAUUUUUUAUGUUGUUGAUGCAUUUUAGGACGCUAUGAAUCGAAAGACGACCCACAGAUUCAACGCUCCGAAUUAUCGAGAUGUUAUCGGCUCCCUUUACAAGGCAAUUGAGAUCAACAAUUCGGAAAAUGCCUUUAAUCAGGUGACUUUUUUGAAGUUUUUAUUUCGAUUUUUAGACCAUGUUUGUCAACCAAGACGGCAGCCUAAAAGAGGAUCGCCCAGCUCUCCGAACCUACAAAGAAGCCGUCGCUGUUCGUUUACUGUUCUUCAAGUUUCUCAUUCAAGCCAUCUCUUGCGCAUUUCCCCUCUUGACGCGGGCGCCAGAGCCAGAGGAGCCGGCAGAACCGGUCCAAAAAUCGAAAAAGGCCAAAAAACAACAGAAGAAGCCGAAAAAGAAAAAAUUGGACCCGGUGGACCAGGAGAGCCCCGAUAUACGAUCAAUGUCCAAGAAUUUCCUAACGGCCUAUUCGUAUGUCUGUUUGGCCCUCGAAUCCUGUGAUUUUGGGCGCGCACCACCGCAAGGAUUCGAUUAUGAAAAUAUUGAAGCAGUCCGGGUUUCGGGCAAGGGUUCGAAGGAGAGGACCCUGUUCAAUGAGAUCGCCAGUGGCUUUUUUGACUCCAAUCCGGACGGUGGGUUUAUUUGAAGUUUUAUUUUGUGACCUAAACUUGGUGAAAUGUCGAAAAAUGGAGAAUUUAUAUUAUUUUAGACGAUUUGUUGAAAAAAUAUCAAUUUAUGACUAAAUUUUUAGGCGAUUUUGCCUGGUUGCCCACUAUAAUCCCAGACCUCAAGUUCCACUACCUCCCCAACAACUUCCCGCAUGAAGUGAAAAUAGUUUCGAGGCAUCGCGCCAUCUAUUUCUUUGGCCAUUUCCUCCAAGAAUUGUACGAUGGAAUCCAGUCGAUUGUCUGCCUCCCAUGGGCUCUUGAUGACAUCUUUGCGACGUUUUAUAGGUUCCAAAAGCUCCAUGUUGUGAUUCGCAGCUUCUUGGAGCUGACUGUUUUGACCAGCAAGUUGAAGAUACUGUACUAUUACAACCUCGAGGAUCUCACGGAAAAUGGAAUCGACGACUUCUCAACUACCUACAAAAUGAAACAGCUGACGUAAGAUUUUUGUUUGGGAUGAUGUUUGGGGGGUUUUGACAGAGUUUUUUGUAUGUUGCGAAGUGUCAAGGAAGUUAUUGAUUUAUUUAAUACUUAUAUUUAUAAGUAUUUUUCAGAACUCUCCCAUUCACGAUCUCAAUGGCCUCCGACCCCUUGCCAUAUUUCAACCUCGACGAACCGGAUUGGCCCAUUUUGGACCCGGAACAGUUGGCUGACAUGUGCCCAACUGCUGAAGGGAUAAGUGAAGAAGAUCGAAUGCAUCGAUUAAUGGAACUGCGACGAUUCAGUUACCUCAGCACGAUGAAACAGCUGAUAUAUGACUUGAGCCGAGUCCACUCUCAUCAUCUUCAAUACCUGGUCCAUUCGAUGUUCCAUUUCAGGCUCAGAAUGUGCACAAACUUGGCUGGAUUGUAUGCCAGUUAUCUCCCCAAGGUGCGUUAACGGGUUUAGAAAAUUAUUUUGAGCGAUUUUCAAGACAUUUCACCCCAUUUUGGUAUGAGAGAAAGACUUGACACUUUUUUGGAACAGAUUGGGUCAAGUGUUCCUCUCUGCCAAAAAGUAUAUUUUCGGAUGUGUAAAAUGUUUUUAGAUGUGUUUUUUUGUAGGCUCAGAAGCUCGAAGCAUGCAUGGAACGCUCGAUGAUGUCGUAUAAUCGCAAGGCCUUCGAAGAUCACAUUGAUUUAGUGAAGAAAACGGGAGAACAACGCCCCCUCCCUCAAAGAUUCACCGGAUGUCCGCCUCUCAUCAGCAGCUACAUCCAAUAUCACACGUUCAUGUUGACCAGGACACAUUUUCAACAAACAUUGCAUUUGGAAAUCAUUCCAAUGGCCGAAUUGGAUAUGGUCAUGUUCCUUUAUCUGUGUGUCCUAAGGCGAUUUGGGACGCUGAUCAAACGGCAGAUGUGUGGAUUUGAUACGUACACUAAAUUACGUAAGAAUUCACUGGUUUUGGUUGAUUUUGCAAUUUUGAAGGAUUUCGUGGUGGGACCCAACUUUUAUAGAAAUAAUGGGAAAUUUUACUUUCAAUAAUUUGGAUAUCGUAUUUGGAUACUACGGUUUUGUUUUCAGCCGUAACAGACUCCUUUGCCCGCAGCAUUGAAGAAAAAAGAGUUCUCGAAAUGAGGGCUCAAGAACGGAUCUGCCCGAACAUACUGACCGUCGCAGCGGAAGUACAAAUGUGCCUUGUUGUAUUGGCACUCAUCCAGAUCCUCAAGAAGGAAGGAUUGGUGCAGACCCCGCCAAAUGAAGAGACCUUGUUCCUCCAUAGAUGCAAGCAAUCAAUCCCGCAAACAGUCCGAGAAGAAUGCGAGGUCUGGCAGUUCAACCCGUCCUACAGCGAUUUCAAGUCUUUCUUGAACUUUAUGUAAGUGAAGGUUGGUUGGGAAUUGAAUUUAAGAGGGAUUUAUAGGAUAUUAUACUAGGCUUUAGAGUGGUCUUGGUGAAUUUUUUUGACUUUUUUGGGGGUUUUGACAGGUUUCGGUGGUUAAGUUGGCUUCUAUUAACGGCUCUAGUCUUAGAAAAUCUUGUAGUAAGACAUUUGACGAUAAUUCUUUGAUUUGUCGAGAAGUGUCCCAAAAAUUAUUAUUUUUUAGGUCUGUUAGACUGUUCAGUUCCCAAAACUAAAUUGAUCGCUCUAAUUUUCGUAUUUUAGGAGCCAAGACUACCUCCAAGGGAAGCCCCCGUGCAUUUCCACCCCCGAACUCUGCACAUAUGCCAACAUUCAAUUCCUCAGAGCCAAAGAAUUGUACACUCAUAUUGACGGGCACAAAACUUAUGCGAGAGAAUUGGCAAGUAUCGACAGGUUCCUGAAAGAAAUGAGUCAAUUGCAGCAUUUUGAGGUACGUUUUUUUCGAAAAUUUGUUUUUGAUAAAAUUAAAAAUUUUGCAAGUGAGAUUUUUUUUUCAGAAAAACGCUUUCAAAUUUACCUUCCCGAACAUUGAUUCGAUCAUGAUAUUCGAGAUUGAAACCCCUGGAGCACCCGAGACUAGACCUCCAAGACUCGCCAGCCCAAUUUCAGCUGAAGAAGGCAAAAAUGAGGAGAAUAACGUGGAAAAAGCGACGGAAGAACUACGAUCAGUCCAAAUUGAAGGCGAAAAGAAAAAGAAGAAAGGAAAAAGAUAG